AUGUUGCAGCUCCCCGUGCUAGAUGUCAAUAGCACCGUAUUGCCAGCAGAAGACGACUCUGUCAACGGGAUCUGCUUUUCCGUUGAGUCUUCCGCUGUGGCGGAGCUUUCUAGCAAGCCAGCUCACAACACCGUUCCACCCAGAGUGCGGAUUGGGGAAGACUACACCGCUCCCUUUGCAUUCUCGAAGGGCAUCGCAAACCGCAAAAAAAUCAACAAUGACGAUACUACCGCAAAUUCUCACCCGUCGGCGAUUAUGGUGCUGGCUUCGAUGCUUGAUCAGACGUAUGCCGUGUCCGUGGACAUAUUCGACAGCCAGAAGCUGAUGGCAAGAGAGGCUGAGUGCAUGAACGACUGCGAAGACUUCUACGACCCUAGAGACGACCAUAAGGCGACGACGAGUGAGAAGAAGGAAAGAGAGCGAAACUCAAAUGAAGCCGUUGGUGAGGUGCCUACUUCGAAUAGCAAGUGGAUCACUCGCGAGAGAGAGAGAGAGCACGAGGCUGCCCCAGUCCCCAGAUUCGCCAUCAGGAUGAAGCACGAAGCGCUAGACCCCGUCAACGAGGGUGAUAAUGUAAACACCAAUCUCGCUGACGCCGAUGUUGCCAAUGCCAGCGACAACGCGAACCUUCCUGCUCCCACUUCCAUGGGCUUGGCCAGCCAGAAUGUCAACACCUCUCCCGACGCUGUACAUGGACAGCCUACUACUACCGCAACCCAAGAUGCUGCUUCAGCUAGCGGUGAGCAUCGACAGCUUCAUGGCGACGGACGUUCCGCAUCAGCUACUAGCGCCAAGAAGCCUAGCAGCAGCAGCUCCAUUCGGCGGCCGGCUGCGAGUGCGGGACCCUUUUUCUGGCCGACUCGUUCGGGUACCCCAAUGACCGCCGGGCUACUGGACCCAUGGGUGACUCAGCACCCCGUUACGAACUGA